CUUAUUUUAUUAUGGGAAACCAAGCGAGUAAAGUAUUGUCCCAUACCAUCAACAAAGAGAAACGAUCUGGUGUAGCUCAAAGACCACUCUCGACUACAUCUCAAGGCAAUUAUGAUUGGUUAGAACAGGACCCUUAUAGUAGUCCUAUGGAUGCUGCCAUUUCUGCUGUCAUGUCCAAAAAGAACAAAAAGAACAUUUCAUUAGAACCACCCAGUGCAUUCAGUAACCGACGUAAAUCUAUCUCCGAAUUCUUUGCUAGAAGAAAACAGAGUUUAAUUGGUCUUCAUCCUUAUGGUUCAGGGCAAGAAGACAUGAAAGAAUUUGAUCGUCUACAAAGACAGCAUUACUUGCUCAAAAGUACUCGAAAAGGCAAUACUUGGGCACCUAUUCAGUCACCUAAAGUCAUUGUUGAAUCUGGUACUCAGAAUGGCAUUUGGGCAUUAGAAAUGGCUACUCAAUACACUGAUUCUCAAGUACUUGGUUUAGACCUGAAGCCACCUGCUUUACAACCAGGAAGUCCUUCAAAUCUGAGGUACAAUCAAACAAAUAUAACUGAAUCCUGGCCAAUGAAUGAUAAUUCCAUUGAUUUUAUCUUUCAGCGCAAUAUGUAUCUGAGUGUUCAAAAAGAUCAAUGGCCAUCUCUGCUGGAAGAAAUGUUUCGUGUCCUUAAGCCUGGAGGCUACAUUGAGCUACUAGAAGCCGAGAUUUGGUAUCAUAAUCCAGGUCCUGUGCAACAAGCCUUUCAAACUUUCUUUAGAGACCAAUGUAAAGAACUUGAACUUGACUUGGACUUUGCGGAGUCUUUAUCGACUUUACUUGAAGAAAAGGGGUUUGAAAGCAUUGAGAAGCGUGUGCUGGACAUUCCUGUGGGUGAAUGGCCUACAGAACCAGAAUUAAAGCAGUUUGGUUUCAUCAACAAAGAAAUUCAAAAAGCCUCUUUAAAGAACAAAAAAGGUGCUUAUGUUCCUAAAUGGGGUAUUUCACCUGCUGAAUAUGAUCUGGCUGUAAAUGAAGUUUUAGGCGAAUUUGAAGAUUAUCAAAGCUUUUCAAGAUACAAUUGUUGGAUAGCAAGAAAACCUUUGUAAUUUCUAUGUAUAUUAUUCAUGUAUAUGUUAAUUUAAAUGUGUCUACUUAACCCUAUAGACUGUGUAGACAUAGUAAUAAUAAUAAUAAUAAUAAUAAUAACAACAAAUAUAAUAUCGAAUCUAC